GUGGUAGGCGCUUCUUUAUUUCAACCCGUAAAGAAUCACAUGAAACCCGUCAAUGACGUACCGACCGAGAAAAAAUCUUUACUUGACCCGAUUUUAACCCCUGACGCUUCAGACGCUGAAGAAUCUGAUGAUUCAGUUCUUUUAAAGAAUAAAAAUUGCAAAAACUGCGUUGACUGCGUUGAAGCUGGUAAAAACAACGACAAAUUAAAUAUAAAAAAUUGUGAGAAGAAGCAUAUCGAAGAGGAAAAUGAAAGGGACGAUGCCCCAUUGAUAUCUGUGCAAAGGACGUGCUGGAAGAAGUUUAUAAGCCUAAUGGACCUGGAUCUUCUCAAGGAUUUGACUUUUCUUAACAUAGUGUUCGGAGUCGCAUUAGCCUAUACCGAAUCAGCUGGACUAAACCGAGCUGAUACAGCGAUGUGCAUGUCAGUUCUGGCUGGGGCGGACAUUGUUUCUCGGUUAACUCUUCCAACAAUUACACAAAUUCUGGGAUUUUCUUGUAGAUUGUCUUACCUCAUCGGAGCUGCCGCUCUAAUUUUAGCACGGGCAUUGUUAGCUGAGCAAAAAAGUUAUACCGGUCUUAUCGCUAUUUCUGCACUUUGCGGUUAUGUACGGGCGGCGACUGUUGUCAACCAGAACCUGGUGCUGAGCGAACACUGCAAAGCGUCCAGGCUGCCUGCCGCCUUGGGUCUCGGCAUGUGCGUUAAGGGAGCAUUUGUCAUAACUAUCGGGCAGUUUCUUGGUUGGCUUCGUGAUUACACGGGCAGUUACAGUCUAUGUAUACAUGCUCAAAAUAUUCUUCUGAUUCUCAUAGUGAUCACCUGGGUGCCCGAACUUCUUUACAAAUACUGCAAAAGAAAGUCGGAUAAAUUGCCUUUACGAUGA